AUGAAAAGAAGCAAAAAGUGGUUGCUUUUUAUUACACCAUUGAAUGGACUAUUUUUGUGAAUAAUGAAUAUCAAUUGCGUUAUUUGCAGUGAUUUGUUUGUCCCUUCAUCAGAAGUUCAUAUUACACAAUGUGGGCACAUGUUUCAUUUCCACUGUUUAAUAUCAUGGCUAGAGAGAUCCAAAAGUUGCCCUCAAUGCAGACAGAGGGUAACCGAAAAAACACUACAUAGAGUCUAUUUUAAUCUUGCCAAUGCUGAGGGACAAACCCAAGAUGUUGGAACAUUACUGAAUAAAAUCGAUGAUUUGCAGUACAAAUUGUCCGAGGCUGAUAAAGACAAGAAGGCACACCUAGAUAAAAUACAAAAACUUAAGAAACAACAUUUGGCUUUGAGAACAGAAGUAACAAAACUUGAACACAAUGAGAAAGUCAAUGAAUCUACAGUUCAUGCUUUGAAGCAACAAAUAAGUUAUUUCAAAUCAAAAGCCAAAGAUUCUGAUAGACUCACAGAAGAAAUAGUGAAAUUGAAAAACAAUAUAAAAGAUAUGGAAAAUGUACAAAUUGCAAUAAAUGGUACAAGAGAUCAAGCAAAUGAAAUGAUAAAGAAUCAGAAUCAUGUAGAAUCAUUGGCAAUUGUAGCAGCAAUGUUGAAAAAGAAUUUGUUAGAUGCUCAACAGAAGAAACGGGAAGCAGACCAAAAUUUGAAAAGAGCCCAACAUGAAGCAAAAAAAUACAAAAAGGAAUACAUGAAUAUCAACAGUGAAAAUUCAAAUUUGAAAAGAGAAAUACAACAAAUCAAAACAAAGUAUGAGAAGGAGAAACAGUUAUAUAAAACUAAAUAUAUUCAAAUGAAACAAAAUGGGAAUGAAUUAGACAUCACAAAUACUAGUUUAUCCUCUGACCAUAGUUUAGUUGAAAGAACAUUAUUGGACAUCACUACUUCUAAAAAUACAUCACUUCCAAUAGCAGAAAAAGUUCAAAACAUUGUGGACUCUGAGUCACCAUACUUACCAGUGAAAUCUAAAGCUGUGGGCAUGGCAUAUGGAUCAAUUUUAAGUGCAAAAUUCACCACAUCAGUCAAACCUUCAACUAAUAGUAGUGGAGGAAAUUUGGGAUACACUAUUUUCAAAUCCAGUACCUCUGAACUUGAAGAUAAAGGGAUUUCCAAAAAUGGUGUUAUCCAUUAUAAUGGUUUAGGAGGAUCUAGUAAAGAAGACAUAUAUCCAUCACCAAAGCCAAUUCAGACUGGUUUGAAACGUAAUAAAACCAGCUCCACCAUUUCAUCUAAUAAGUUUCGAAAACUUGCCCCAGGAUCUUCUAAUUCCAAAGUUACAGAUCAUUUCAAGCUGAGUCAGUGAAGACAAUAAACUCUGGUAUGGCAGUCUAUUUUUUUAUAUUACGUUCAUGUUUUUAAUGCAGAUUAAUUGAAGACUAGAUAAUUAUGUCAAUCAUCAAAGAGAACAUUUUUAUCAAUAUGAGAACCAAACCCAACCUCAAUUUAUUUCAGUAGCAAUAAUGUAAUCUAAAUGAUCAUAGCAUCAUUGUAGGCAGGAAUAGUAUAUUUCAUUAUGAUUCUGGAAAUACGGAUUUUUCCUUGUGACAAAUUCUCUUGUGAGGCGUAGACCAACACGGGAAGUCAUGCAAGCACGGAAAAAUCAUUUCUGGACGUAUAAUAAACGAUAUUAUUUAUUACACUCCCUUGAAAAUGAGAAUAUAAUAAUGAAAUAUUACAUACAAAAGCCACAAACGAAACUUGAUGAUGUAAUGAUCUUUUAUGGCCAAACAACUCUUUAGCACUGAGAAUCAACUCCAUGUCAUGGAAGAUUCAUAGAUUCAGCUUUUUCGACAGAAAAAUCGUCACUUACAGUUUUGAUUUUGUUCAGAUUUCACCAUUCUGUGAAAAGUUGAUAUUUAUGUGAAUAUCUCUUUUACUGGUAAUGAAUUCACGGUCGCUUGUGCCGCUUGCUCUAGAGGAUAUUAUCUGGAAUUUCGGGAUUUUCUUCCGAGAUCAUUUUGUCCGCACAAAUUUGAUAGACAGAGAAUAAACAUUCUGACAAUACAGUGUUUAGCAUGUAUGAUUCGUGAUGGUUAUUCUCGGAAUGUUACUAUAAUAUACACACCCGCAAAAAAAAACCGGCCAGCAAAAGAAUUGAUCGCCCUUUAACUUUUUUAUCUCUUUUCCGAUUCUCGUGAUAUUUCAACCGAAUCGUGGAUUUAUGUGUCGCAAUGUUAACCUGGAUUUCGAUUUUCAAAAAAGCUGAUACACAGGCAAAAACAGAAGUGACUUUUUCACGUUAAACUUUUCAACGCCCUUUGGCAAAAGAGAGUGAUUGCAUAGAUUUAGCAUCUCCUUCAUUGAAGUGUGAUCCCUUCUCAACAAAAUAGUUCUCGAUUCACGUCAAUAUCUUCUUUUUAAGAGAAGAUACCCUUUUUUUAAGUGAGUAUCUUAUCUAUUAACUACCCGAAAAUUGAUAUCGCUCAUUUCCAUCCCGUUUUUGAGCACUCAUCAGAGAAACCGUGAUUAACUGAAUACAAACGAAAAGCAGAUCUCCUAGAUGUAGUCAAUAACGAUAGUAUGCCCUUUUCGAGCUUGAAUUGAGGAAUUUCCUAAAAUGUUCCUAGAAUGGCAACUCGUAGCUCUGGAAGUCUGGAAAGUGAAUGAGCCUCAGGAGUUCAUUCCAAAGAUACUCUAUAGGUUCUGAAUUAGUGUUGAUAAAAAAUAAACAGUUCAUACUUUCUUAACACUUGUAUCUUCUCUAAAAAAAAAAGAGAUCGGCGUGAAUCAAGAAAUAUUGUGUUGAGAAGGGUCGAAAAGGUAUUGAAUUUAAAUCCAAAACAUGAUGAAUCAGAAGGUUCUG